AUUAAAGAUUCUGCACUUGCCACUCAUUAAUCAUCCUUAUCGCAUAGCCUACCACAGCCCGAUGACCGAGGAAGAGGACGUUAGCGAAUUGCCUGGAAGCGGAGCCCACGCAACUGCAACGUCUAUGUGGAGUGCACAAUACCUCGAUCCCAUUUCGGUUAGCUAGAAAGCACUGGAUAGUGGUAUACGUAUAUAUGGCGUGAAUGUUAUUGUCAUACGUCUACCAAGUCCGCCUCUCAUCCACAUCCAUUCUCUCCCAAUAUGACCAUAGUCCUCAAUGAUCCCACUUGGUGGCCGAUCAUCAAUGCAUAUCGUUUUUCCAGCUAUUUUUCAGUUGCGGCAUUUGUUGGACUGACCUAUGAUUGGGCACUUACAUUCGGACAAGAGGUCGAAUUGGUCUGGAAGCAACGCUGGUCCCUAAUGACAGUCCUGUAUCUCAGUGUGCGCUACCUUGGAAUCUUAUAUGCUGCCCUGGGCAUCCUGUAUUAUAUUCCCACCAUCUCGCUGACAGAUACAGUGAGCUUGACUGUGUACAACCUAUGGAGUUGGAUGACUGUCCUGGUAUUUGCAAUGCUGUGGGUCAUCAGCGUCACUCGGUUGUAUGCCAUGUAUCAAGGAUCCAGAAAGAUCCUGACACUUCUCAUUGUCACCCUCCUGGUUGUCAACAUUUUCGAUGUAGUGGCAGGUGUACUGGAAAACCUACAUGUUUCAGGGGAGGAACUCAUUCUCUCCGGCACUCAUCAGUGCUUGAUCAACUAUGGGGAAGAUGUUCCAUUUCUGAAUUACAUUUCUUGGAUGGUCUCCAUUGCGUGGGAGGCCCUCGCACUGUCUCUCGCAGUUUGGAUUGCGGUAAAACACUUCCGUGAACUGCGACGACAUUCGGCAGGAGGGAUUAUCGGGGACUGUUUCACGGUGUUGAUGAAAACUCACGUGGUUUACUUUGCGAGCUUUGUUGCUGUUUCUUGCCUUAACCUCAUUCUUGAUUUCUCUCCAAUAUCCUCAGCGACUUUUAGUGGCUUACUUCAGAUUUUGGAAGUCGCACAGAUGUUUGUGCUGGGACCACGACUGAUCCUUGGCGUUCGAGAAUUUAACGCUAAACUCGUGGCUGACUCCGACGCAGCAACCGGCAUGAUCUCAAUCGUUUUCCAAGAGCGUGUGCAUAUAUCGACUAGCAGUAGUGUGUAAUGCUCAGUGAAGUUGACGCGGACAGUUGUCAUGUGCUUGCAGAGAGCACGGGAAAUUUGGUUUUUGGUCUCUAUUCCAAAUCUUGUUGCGGUGCUCAAGUAGUUAUUUGGUGUCAUGAAGUAGAUUUCAAGGAGACAGGCUUGGGCAGUAUUCUCUUCAUAUUAUGUAUUCGAAUUAUUUGUUAUUAUAAGGUCCUGAC